AUGGAUUUUGACGGCUCACAUUCGGUCCUUUAUGGAAGCAUAGAAAUACCGACUUCACACGUUAAUCCCUACGCACUAGAUGAAUCAGUAUUGCUGUACGAACCCAUGUUUGAGGACAUAUUGAGCUCAGAAAACCGUUAUAUGUUUAACAAUGUUCCGAUAUCCGAAAAUGAAGAAAAAAUAUUGGAAGAAUUCAUGAGAUAUAUCAGCGAAGAAUGUAUGCUGAAAAACAGGUGGAAUUCCAAAGAAGAUACAGAAUGGUUAUAUGUUAUGGAGCCUGAGUUUCUGAGAUUUUUGUACUCGGCAAAAUUUGACUACAAAAAGUCCCUCGAGUGGAUAUUUUUGAACUACCAAUUUAGGAAUUCCAGCAUGCUGCCAGCAACAUUGGACGAUAUAGAGCACGAGCUUAAGGAGGGAUACCUGUAUUGGUUCGGAAGAGAUAAAAGGUGUAGACCGACACUGGUGGCAGACGUGUUCAAGUUACAGAGCUUGUCAAUUGAGAAGCUGGUGAAGCUGAUAGUAUUCUGCUUCGAGUUCUUUUUGAGGUACCUGCACGUCGGAGGUAAAUCAGAGAACUACAACGUUCUGAUAGACUGCGAUAACAAGGGAAUAGUAAACCUGCCGGUUCAAAUGAUAAUCCAGCUCACGGAAAUUAUGCACUCCAAGUACAGAGGAAGGCUUAAUAAACUGUACCUGGUGGACUCGCCGAACUUAAUAAACAUGGUGAUCAAACCACUCAGAAACGUCCUGCCAGAAGGAGUGUUGAAGAAGAUAGUAGUGCUAAAGGAUAAUUCGAAAGAAGUACUACUGUCCCAGUACAGCGCACACCAGUUACAACAAAAGUUUGGAGGGACGCACCCGAACUUAACUAGAGAUUAUUACCCGUUCCAUUUUUUCCCAAAUGCAACAGAAAAUGUGCCAAACGGUAUAGUAGAAGACCCUGCAAGCGACAGAGGAUCUUCAAGUCACAUUAAUAGUUACACCAUACUUAAAUUGCCAAAAUCAAUACUGUAUGGCACAUGUAUGGUACUAAACAAAAACCUAUGUAGUUAUAUGUGUACGCCGGGUGUAAGUAAUCCGAGUGAGAGUAAUGAGUUAAAUAGUAGUGACGCUAGCAAUAAAUGGUUAAAAAACAUAAGGCAUUACAUACUGUCAAAAGAAACAGUAAAAUAUUUAGCAACUAAGAUGCCUCAGCUUAUGAGUGAAAUAGAGUCAAGUGUGAUUCGAAACGAGCAGGACUUAGAACGAUUUAUAAAUAAUAUAAAUUAG